AGCACCAAGACAACACUGACAGGAGUCGCCAAACAACGAUCUGAAAACCAGGCAAAAUAUAAGCGUAUAUACAAAAAGGUGUCACAUACGAAUUGAUUAGACAAAGAGCUUGUAGAUACCAAGUGAAAAUUGGCUAUUAAACGGUCGGAUACAGCUGACAGCAAUAAAAAGGAUAGCAUAGAGCAAACACAAUGGGGAGGAUCUUCCUGGAUCACAUCGGCGGCACUCGUCUCUUCUCGUGCGCCAACUGCGACACCAUUCUGACCAACCGCUCCGAGCUGAUCUCCACACGCUUCACGGGGGCCACGGGACGCGCCUUCCUCUUCAACAAGGUGGUGAAUUUACAGUACAGCGAGGUACAAGACAGAGUGAUGCUGACAGGGAGACACAUGGUCCGAGAUGUCAGCUGCAAGAACUGCAACAGCAAGCUGGGCUGGAUCUACGAAUUCGCCACUGAGGACAGCCAGCGCUACAAGGAAGGCCGCGUCAUCCUGGAGAGGGCGCUGGUGAGGGAGAGCGAAGGUUUCGAAGAGCACGUGCCGUCAGACAACUCCUGAGUCUCCUCGCUCGCGUCUCUCGAGCCUCUCUCUCUCACGGUCACCUCGCUUGUCUUUGUGUCCCAACACAACGUCGUUACUAUCUGCAAAACUGAUCUGUGUAAAGCUCUCCGUCAGCAGGGCGAGCACUGCUUAAAGACUUCUGACCAAAACAACCAGCGCCCCCCCCCCCCCCCCCCGCCCCCCUCUGUGUCUCUCAACAUAAAUCCUCGCCCGCUAUUGGAUGUGGCAUUCUUCAAACAGUCUAUGUCUAUGCUCAAAAGAUAGAUCAUAAGCUAGCCCCCUAAACACAUACAUAGAUACCAGUUAUAUCUAGAUCUGUAUGAGUUGGCUUCUGGGGGUGGGGUGGGGAUUGGGGGAUGGCACAAUGCUCGUUCAGUGGAAAAGCAACUGCAACACCCUGAUUGGUUAGCCAGUCACUCAGUGCAUCUGACUGUGAUGUUUUCUCUUUAUCUGCCCUUUAGAACAUGGGACUGAAAAAUGAAAGGAGGAUAUACGAAAAUCAAAGAAAUCCUCCCAAAGCUUCAUUGGCCUUGAUAACUUUACUUGCUCCAUUGGCCUUGAUAACUUUACUUGCUUCAUUGUGUAGUUGGUGGAUAUUACAAUGAUACAUUUUUUUUUUGCUCAUUCAUUAAAGGAGUUGUUAGGGGAGAAAAAAAAUAAACAGACAUUUUAAUUAGCGUUAGUAUAGCACCAGAUAUUCUUUUAAGUUUUGUCAAUGAAUAAGU